AUGAUGUCCAAUCUUCCAAGGGAUUUGGUAGAGGAAAUUCUCUCUAGGGUUCCGUGGACUCGUAUGAAAGCAGUGCGAGCUACUUGCAAAAACUGGAACGUUGUAUCCAAAAACCGGAGCUUUGCAAUCAAGCACACUGGCAGAGCCGCAUCCGGAGCUUUAAGAGAAAGGGAGUUUCUGAUGAUCACGAGAGAUUCUAGGGUUGAAUUGACUAGCGUCAAUCUCCAUGGAAUCGGCAACAACGUUGAUCUAUCCAUAAAGCGUAAAGGUACACUUGUUAGCCAAGACAAUUCAGGUCAAGCAUUGAAAAUAUCUCAUGUGUUUAACUGCAACGGUUUAUUGGCAUUGCUAUGCACCUCGAUAAACUCGGGAUACGACAAAUCCAGCGGUAGCCACAUAAUCUUGAAGAUGUUCAACCGCCGCCCCGAAAUCUACGAUUUGGAAUCAAACUCUAGUUCAUGGAAGGCUCUUGAUGCCGCUCUUGAUAGGAAUAUAAAAUUUUGUGCUGAACCUGGUGUGUCUUUAAAAGGAAAUACUUACUGGUUUGUCAGAGAUAAUGAACAAAAUGGCCUUUUCUUGCUCUGUUUUGAUUUUACAAGAAAGAGAUAUGGACCGCUUCUGCCUCUGCCCUCUCACUGUGAUCAUGUUGUUGAUAUGUCUCUAACUACGGUUAGAGAAGAAAAGCUUGCAGUGUUUUUAGAGCUGGUGGAUGCACCUGAGUGUGAGAUAUGGGUGACGAGUAAGAUUGAGCCGGAUGCGGUGUUGUGGAGCUGCUUCUUGAAAGUUAGCGCAGUGCUACUCUCUUACUGUUUUGAGUUUGGGAAUUUCUUUAUUGACGAGGAGAAGAAGGUCGCUGUUGUUCUUGAUGAAAACAACGGAUUUUCUUACCGAAGAGCUUCCAUCUUUGGAGAGAAUGGUUUCGUCAGAAGAGUGGAUCUCAGGAUGUCUCCAUACACACGACUUUGGCCACUUUUGUGCUCUUAUGUUCCAAGUUGUGUGCAGAUCAAGUAA